AUGGGGCCCAGCGCCCGGCCCCUCCUUCAGCCCCUGUGGGGCCCAGUGCCCAGCCCCCUCAUUCAGCCCCUGUGGGUCCCAGCGCUCAGGACCCUCAUCCAGCCCCUGUGGGGCCCAGCGCCCGGGGCUCUCAUCCAGCCGCUAUGGGGCCCAGCGCCCGGGCCCCUCAUCCAGCCCCAGUGGGGCCCAGCGCCCGGCCCCCUCAUUCAACCCCUGUGUGGCCCAGUGCCCGGGCCCCUCAUUCAGCCCCUGUGGGUCCCAGUGCUCAGGCCCCUCAUCCAGCCCCUGUGGGGCCCAGCGCCCGGCCCCCUUAUACAGCCCCUGUGGGGCCCAGCGCCCAGGCCCCCUCAUCCAGCCCCUGUGGGGCCCAGCGCCCGGCCCCCUCAUCCUGCCCCUAUGUGGCCCAGCACCCGGCCCCCUCAUCCAGCCCCUGUGUGGCCCAGUGCCCGGGCCCCUCCAGCCCAGGUCCCUCAUCCUGUCCCUGUGGGGCCCAGCCCCCAGGCCCCUCGUCCAGCCCCUAUGGGGCCCAGCGCCCGCCCCCUCAUUCAGCCCCUGUGGGGCCCAGCGCCCGCCCCCUCAUUCAGCCCCUGUGGGGCCCAGCGCCCAGGCCCCCUCAUGCAGCCCCUGUGGGGCCCAGCACCCGGCCCCCUCAUCCAGCCCCUGUGUGGCCCAGCGCCCGGGCCCCUCCAGCCCAGGUCCCUCAUUCUGUCCCUGUGGGGCCCAGCACCCAGGCCCCUCGUCCAGCCCCUAUGGGGCCCAGCGCCCGCCCCCCUCAUUCAUCCCCUGUGGGGCCCAGCGCCCGGCCCCCUCAUUCAGCCCCUGUGGGGCCCAGCGCCCGGCCCCCUCAUCCAGCCCCUAUGGGGCCCAGCGCCCAGGCCCCCUCAUUCAGCCUCUGUGGGGCCCAGCACCCGGGCCUCUCAUCCAGCCCCUAUGAGGCCCAGCGCCCAGGCGCCUCAUCCAGCCCCUAUGGGGCCCAGUGCCCGGCCCCAUCAUCCAGCUCCGAAGGGCCCAGCGUCCGGCCUCCUCAUCCAGCCCCUAUGGGGCCCAGCGCCCAGGUCCCUCAUUCAGCCCCUGUGGGGCCCAGCGCCCGGGCCCCUCAUUCAGCCCCUGUGGGGCCCAGCGCCCAGGCCCCCUCAUACAGCCCCAGUGGGGCCCAGCGCCCAGGCCCCCUCAUGCAGCCCCUAUGGGGCUCAGCGCUUAGGCCCCUCAUCCAGCCCCUAUGGAGCCCAGCACCCGGCCCCCUCAUCCUGCCCCUAUGGGGCCCAGCACCCGGCCCCCUCAUCCAGCCCCUGUGUGGCCCAGCGCCCGGGCCCCUCCAGCCCAGGUCCCUCAUUCAGCCCCUGUGGGGCCCAGCGCCCGGGUUCCUCAUUCAGCCCCUGUGGGGCCCUGCGCCCGGGCCCCUCAUCCAGCCCCUGUGGGGCCCAGCGCCCGGGCCUCUCAUUCAGCCCCUAUGGGGCCCAGCGCCUAGGCCUCUCAUCCAGUCCCUGUGGGGCCCAGCGCCCGGCCCCCUCAUUCAGCCCCUAUGGGGCCCAGCGCCCAGGCCUCUCAUUCAGCCCCUAUGGGGCCCAGCUCCCGGGCCUCUCAUUCCGCCCCUGUGGGGCCCAGCGCCAGGGCCCCUCAUCCAGCCCCUGUGGGGCGCGUCGUGGGCAGGAAGAAUAA